AUGACAUCGCCUCCGAGAUCAACGAGAAACUCCGCACACACCCCGAAGCCGAGCGCCUACGCGCCAACCCCGACUUCAAAGAAGCCCGCCCCCACCCUGAACAUCCCCGAAGCCAUGCGCGAGCGCAUGCUCACAGCAGGCGCUCUCUCAGGACCGAACAAGAUCGUCGUGCCGCCCUACGUCUUCAGUGAGCGCGGCGGCAAGAGCAUGGUCAGCCUGAUGUAUCUUGGUUCCGACGUGUGCGGACACCAGGGCAUUGUUCACGGUGGACUGUUGGCUACAUUGCUAGAUGAGGGUUUUGCGCGGUGCUGCUUUCCCGCAAUGCCGAAUAAGGUUGGCGUGACAGCGAAUCUGAAUAUUGAUUACCGGGCGCCCGCGCUGGUGAAUAAUUACUUUGCGCUGCGGGCGGAGACGGUUCGUCAAGAGGGGAGAAAGGCUUGGGUUGAGGGUCGCAUUGAGACUCUUCCUGAAGAUGGGAGUGAACCCGUUGUGCUGGUUGAAGCGAAGGCUUUGUUCAUUGAGCCUAAACAGGCGGCGGUAAGUGAUGUUCCUUGUUCCUUAGAACCAUUCAAUGGUUCUGUUCCUCCAAUUUCUUCCCCUGGUGGCGGUGCGAGUGGCGAAUGCUAA